CAGCUCUAAGGGCUCCAUCGGCGUGGGAGCAGGCAACUACUUCGAGCUCCAUUGGCAGAUCUGCCAUGGAAGAGAGUUGCAGUUCCAAUUGGCCGGCCACACCUUGUGCAGCAGCGACGACGGCCGCGCAGGGAAUCGAAUUUAAACCAUACUACGAAGAGUGAGAUUGAGAAUUUUCUAAUCAUGAUAUUACACAAAGUUGAGCAAUGUCGAUCUGUGUUAGGAUUGUAGCUGUUUGAUGUAGUUUUCAAGAAAGAUUGUAGCUGUUUGAUGUUGUUAAUCACUUGACAUGUCAUUUAGCAAUAUUAGUGCUUGUGGCUCUGCUGAAUCUAUGAGUUCUCUUGCAUGUUCUUGAGCUAGUAGCUUUCAAUCUGUUUCCUAUUCACUGCUCUCUUGUUUUUUUUUUGUUUUUGCAAUUUUGUAUUUUCUUCCCUCUCUUGGUAGGUUUCCCUCUCUUGUUCCUAGUUUGAUUUGGGACAGGGAGUACUCAUGUGCUUGUGUAAAUAUUUUCACGUGAAAUAAUCCAGUCUUGUUGCUGGUUGACGAACCUAAUUAAACGAAUGUCUGCACAUUGCGGGCUGUCCUACGACGCCCGUCGGGCUGAACCUAAUUAAUCGUGCCCAAUCCAUCGUGCUGUAGUAGUAGUUUCUAUUUGAAUAUUUGUUUUUUUAAGUCGUUAAGGACUCUGCUGUAGCAGUAGUUUCUAUUUGAGACUCAUAAAAUUGUUUUUUAUUACUAAUAAUCCGUUUUGACAUAUAGUAAAGUCCAGCUCCAAUCGAAUAAAAAACGAGUUGGAGAGGAAACCAGAAACAGAACUCUCAUACUAGAAGAGCUAUAUAGAUAGGUAGGAGAGUCUGAGAUCCAAGGGCCAAGGGGGGAGAGAGAGUUAUCGUCGUCCUGAAUGCCAUCUGCCAUGUCCUCCGUGGCCGUGCAACGCGAGCAGCGGUGGCAAAACCUAGCCCUAGCCCCAGCCCUGCCCAUGACUGCAGAUAAAUCGAAUUGUACAGUGGGUAGCACUAAUAACUCCCCCUCUGAACAAGUUGGCCAUGGCGAUUCACUGAUUUAUUCACUCCCGUACCUUCCUGAGGACAUCUGGCGUCACAUACAUUCCUUAAUGCCGAUGAGUGCUGCUGCUCGUGCUGCUUGCCUUUCUCAUUCCUUUCUGAAUUCCUGGAGAUUUCAUCCCAACCUCAGCUUGAAUUUCAAAACACUUUGCCCGAGGACAUCUAGGGGAAAUUUCAAGUGCAAAAUUGACAGCAUUCUGAGAAACCACUUGGGCACUGCGAAGAUAUUGAAGCUUAAUGUAGCUGAUGAGGACAGUACAUAUCCUUACAUUGAUAGAUGGCUUGAGGUUGCUGUUACACCAGGGAUUGAAGAGCUCACUCUUACGCUACAUAAAAAGUACAUCUUUGCAUGCUCACUUUUAUCUGAUGGUGUUCGAGACUCAAUUCGAUGUCUUCAGCUUACCUUCUGUGCCUUCCAUCCCAUGGCUGAACUUGGCCCCUUGAGAAGCCUAACAAAACUGCAUCUGUGUGGUGUGCAUAUUACAGGUGACGAGUUAGAGUCCCUUCUUUUGAACUCCCUUGUUUUGGAGCAGUUGAGACUUAAUGUAUGCAACAAGAUAAGUUUCCUGAAGAUACCGUGUGUGCUGCAGCAUCUCAGCUGCCUGAGUGUUAUGGCAUGCCGCAGGAUGCAAGUGAUUGUGUGUGAAGCUCCGAAUUUGUCCAGUAUUUCCCUUAGUGGAGGGAUCAAGUUCUCACUUGGAGAAACACUGACAAUGAAGGUCUUGUCCAUGAUCCGACCGAAUGUCGUGUGCUAUGCUCGUGCUCAGCUUCCAUCCAUUAUGCCAAAUCUUGAGAGUAUGGUAUUAAGUUCAGACUCUGAGGCAGUCAAUAUACCAAUGCUGCCUACCAAAUUCCUCUGCCUCAAGCACCUGACCAUUCAGAUUGCGCGAGGGACCUUUUCCCCAUCCUAUGAUUAUUUCUUUCUGGUUUCUUUCCUUCACGCGUCUCCUUCCUUGGAGACUUUAUACUUGGAUGUUUUUCAGGAAGAUAUGAGGCAUGAAUCGAUUGUUGAAGAUUCUUCCGCACAUUUGAGGCAGCUGCCCGAGCUCAGCCAUGAAUGCCUGAAGAGUGUGGAGAUCAUAGGGUUCAACUCCGCGAAGAGCUUGGUUGAGCUAACAUGUUGCAUUGUCAAAGCCGCUGCCUCACUUGAGCGUCUUGUGUUGGACACACUUAGAGGUGGUGAUAGGUGUUCUGGGGAAAGUAAUGGGAAGAUUUGCUGGCCUGUUAGCAACGCUGUGCUCAAGGAAUCCGCAAGAGCUGCCAUUGCUGUACGAAGGUACAUCGAGGAUAAAGUUGCACCUACAACAACUCUGACUCUUGUGGGGACUUGCACACGCUGUCAUUCCCUUGCCUUUGGAUGAUCCCUAUGCUGCUGGAAGGUGGAAGAUGUCAUAACUUAUCUUAGUUGUGAUAUGUAUUUCAAUAAAUGAUAGUAUAUGUUAGUCAUAAGAUCUUUGUAGUUUCAUCUUUAACUAUCCCUUAUUAUUUUCUUAAGACUAUGCGAUAAGCUAUCUGAAAUGCACAAUGUUGUCGCUUUAAUCAAAUUAUAGAUAAACCAUGCUUUGUUUCUUGGAUUAUUUGGACCUGUUCGUUUGCUGAGGAAUUGAAAACUGAGUUUUCAGUUUAAGUU